AACGUCAUCUUAUGUCGAAAUUAAGAAUCUAUAAGGAUAAUAUCGACCUACGUUUGUUCAAAAUGUUCUUGAUAUUAGCUAACAAGCUUGGAAAUCACGUCUUGCUUAAUUGGCGACUUUUGGACUUAACGGAUUUGGUUUAUUACGAAAACUCCUUAUAGGUGUGUAAAGUUCAACGACGCGAUGACGAAGACGAAAAUGAAUAUAUGGCAGGGGCAAUCCUUUACGAAGAAUUUAAUAUGAAUAAGUAAUUAGAAAGGCGUGUUAGUGUUACCAAUCGUAAACCUUUUGUGAAGGGUCAGACUUCAUGAGUCAUAUUGUUUAGGCAUCGGUGGCUCAGUGGUUAAGUUGUGUAGGUACUAAUGGUUGGAUUCGAAUCCUAGGUAGGUAGUAUCUUCUAUGAAUUUGAUGUUCAUAAAGAAACCAAAAUAAUGUUAACGGUUUAGGUACCUAAGUAAUAUUAAUUUCUUAUGGAAAAUAUUUUACGCAUCUGAAAUAAGAGUUUCUUCCAUUUUGGCGAAUGUAUAUAUAAAUCCCAUAUAGGCAUUUAGGUUCCUACUAUCUAUGUAAUUCCAUUCGACGUUGAUGACCGUCGAAAGUGCAUAGGUAAGUGUCGCAAUAUGUAAUUCUAUUGAUUUAACAAUCAAACACGCAUGUGGCUACUGGCAAAGUCGUUACGCUCCAGAAAUCCUAAUGUAAUUUUAUAGGUGGGUAGGUAGAUAGGUAGGCUACUUAGUUCAUAUUUUAGUUGUCUUGCAUAUUCACUAUAUAGUGCUUGUCAAAGGAGCCAAGGUAAGUUAGGACGGACUUUAUAAGACCGCAACGGUGGCCAGUAGCUUGAUAGACUUUAGUUACACGUUGACGUUCCUGGAUCCUGAUAGGAACAGCUAAUUUAGGCCAUAAAAACUCGUAACAGCUUCUUACUGUAGACUCAAACAAUUCUAGAAGUUGCGUCCCUGCAUGUUGAGGACAAUGUUGUGAUACAAACAUUUAAAGUUUUCUUAUAAGGACUGGUCAUUGCCUAAAAUUAUGGAAGACAUUUCACUUUUGCGUGGGAAUUCCCAAGUUGUAGUAACAAUACUGUUUUAGUGCUACACUCAGAUAUCAGUCAGACAGUUAAGCGACAGGUGCUCUAUUAGAGCAAAUAAUUUGUAAUUUUUCUUCGUGUUAACUAAAUUAUAAGUUCCAUUAAAUAUGGACUCGACUGGAAAAUAUUUAUUUAUUUUUAUAUCGGUGUUGUCAAAUGUGGUUCAUUUGGGCGCGGUGACAGUUAAUCCAUCGUUGUGCCCCACGAACAAGAUUGCCCCACAUCGCCGUGUUGCCAGUUGGGAGCAGAGUAGACCGCGGACCUUCGGGCUAAUUAACGGCAUUCUUGGGCCUGGACGACCGCAGAACGAUCCACUCAAUGAUUUACAAGAACAGCCCGAAGAAGAUGAAGACGACUGCGGAGAAAUAGAUGAUUACGACGAAACUGAUCUUAGCUCCGUUACACCAGUUGGCCAGAGGAGAAAGGAAGAUCGUUAUUUCUACGGCAGUAAUAGUUACCCGCCGUAUUAUCCUGGCGCUAGGCCGCCGUAUCGACCGCAGAGACCAACACGACCUCCGUACAACUUCGAGGGUAACUACGGGCCUAAUGGCUACAGACCACCCUCAAACUAUUAUCCUUCAGACUACAUCAAACCAGUGCAGGAGAAUAGUCCAGAUCACCCUCAAGAAGCCUAUCGACCUGGGCUCAUUGGUGGCAACGUUGGACAAAUAGUCGGCUUUCCUUUCGUAAGGGUCACUACCGAAGCACCUCAGAGAAACCCCAACCCAUUCCGUUUUCCCAUAAAUGAUUCUUAUCCUAACAGACGCCAAAAGAAGUCUCAACAAACGAACAAAUCUACUAGUAUUAUUGGAUCUUUCGUGGACUUGUUUUUCAAUAAAUAAUGGACUUGA